GAGAAAUUGAAAUUUUUUUUUUUUUUGUCUUUUUAUGUAAUGUUUAAUUCGUAACACAGGAUGUCAGAAGCCCCAUUUAGACCACGUGAGCAUCUGGUGGAGAAGCAGAAAUAUUUCCAAAGCGUCCACAAAUACACAUAUCUAAAGGGACCAUUUGAUAAGGUCACCUCUGUCGCCAUUCCAGCUGCUUUGGCUGCUGCUACUUUGUUUCUUAUUGGACGAGGUAUCUACAACAUAUCACAUGGGAUCGGGAAGAAGGAAUGAGGCAGCACUGGAAAAUGACCACAUGGCUGGAAAUCGGAGUUUCAAAAUAUAAGUUCUUCCAGACUCUAGUG